UUGCCGCCGGCGGCUGCCAUAGCCACGAUUCUAUGGAAGCCUUCAACCGUGAAAGAAGCGAUAAAUAGAAGCAGGUCGCCCAGGAUUACCUCCAACAAGUCGAAAAGAAUCAGCCAGUGCCUGAAAGAUGUCAAAUUACAAGAGGAUAGAGUCAGCAAAGAAAUUUCUGAACAAGUCAAGAGCAGCUGGGGUUAUGAUGUUGAUUGUCCUCCUCAUUGGUUGCCAGCUUCUAAUUCCAGACCAAUAGACGUUCACAUGAUGUUGUUGGAAAGUCAGUACUAUAAAAAUAUUCUGAUUCUGUAA